AUGGUGUAUCCCGAAACUUUUCAGGCCCUUGGAGUUGUGGACUAUGAUGACUGGUUGCACCCAAAAACAUUCGAGUACAAGCCGCAAGAGUUCAGAGAUUAUGACAUCGACAUUGAAAUUGAAGCUUGCGGAGUUUGUGGUUCUGACAUUCAUGCAGCCAGUGGAAACUGGGGCCGCCCAUAUGCUCCGGUGGCUGUAGGUCACGAGAUUGUUGGAAAAGUGGUGAAAGUCGGCCCCAAGGCCAAAAGUGGGAUUGAGUUGGGAGAUCGGGUUGGAGUUGGUGCCCAAUGUGACUGUGACAACAGCUGCAUUGCAUGCGAGUUGAAUUUGCAAAGCAACUGCAGAAACCAUGUGGGGACAUACUUUGGCCACAACAAAGACACUGGUUUCAAUACCAUUGGAGGAAAUGCGUCGCACAUUAGAGUCAAUUCGCAAUUUGCAUUCAAAAUCCCACCUCUGCUCAAGACAGAACAUGUUGCUCCUCUUUUAUGUGGAGGAAUCACAGGCUUCUCUCCUCUUCUUCAGCAUAAAGUCGGCAAAGGAACGAAAGUCGGUGUAGUUGGCAUUGGUGGUAUUGGACAUAUGACCAUUCUCUUUGCGAAAGCUUUGGGAGCAGAAGUGACUGCUAUAUCCCGAACUGACUCUAAGAAGGAUUUGGCAGAGAAACUUGGGGCAGACCACUAUGCCGCCACCUCUGAUGAAGAGUUUGAAAAAAAAUAUUCCGACACGUUGGAUAUCAUUGUGAACACGGGCAGUUCUUUUGCAGGUCUGGCGGUGGAGAAACUUUUGAAAAUGCUUCGCCCUAGAGGCAAAUUCGUAUUUAUCACCGUGCCACCUUCGGGUGAGAAUCUCGAGUUGAGUCCAGUGCAAUUAGUUCUGAACAAUGCUUCCGUUCAAGGUUCCUCGACCGGCUCGCUUGAAGAAAUCCAAUUCAUGCUUGAUUUUGCCGCAGAGCACAAUAUUCAGCCCUGGGUUGAGACAAUUGAUAUUUCGGAGGAAAACUUGGGCAAAGCAUGGGAGAGAGCUCAGAAGGGCGACGUGAAGUUUAGAUUUACGAUGGUGGGAUACGACAAGUUCUUCAAAAAGAAAUAG